AUGUUCUGCAGCUGCAGCAGCAGCAGCAGCAGCAGCAGCAGCAGCAGCAACAGCACACAGAAGCGAGAAGCAGCAGCAGCAGCAGUAACAGCAAGAGGGGUAACAGCGCACGAAAUGGAUCAUCAGCAGCAGCAGCAGCAGCAAGGAAGACAGCAGCAGCACAAAAAGGGUGCAGCAGCUGCAAUAUUCGCAGCAGCUGCAGCAUCCACGACAGCAGCAGCAGCAGCAGCAGCAGCAGCAGCAGCAGCAGAAGCAGCAGCAGCAGAAGCAACAGCAGCAGCAAAAGGGACCUUGAGGGCUGCACAUGUGUGA